GGCCGCCAAAGGCGAAACAAAUAACAAAAACUAAAAAAUAGGGAUAACAAAAAAGAAGUGUUCUUGAUUCCUUGGUUGAGUUUAUGUUCUUGUAUUGUGCUUAGUAGUUUGACAGAGUUGUAGUGUUUGGUUGGUCGGUUUGUUAGUGUUUGGUUAUAAACCAAUCUAAUAGCCUAACCCUAACAUUUACGUAAUUAUAAUGAUUAUUAAAUAGUUUUUAUUUGCACGAAAGUGUUAACCUAUGGAUGGCUUUCAGUCCAAUAUACAAAGGACCCCGGUCGUCCAUUAUGUCAACCAAACCAAAAAAGAAUUUCAGGUCCCGGUCAGGCUACGAGAGCAGUGAGAGCGAUGAUCUCUCUGACGAGUCCGGGGCCGCAGACGACGCUGCCAAGGCUCGCUCCAGGCAGGUGGUCCAUAAGGGCCGCUGGACCAAGGAAGAGGAUAACCUUCUGAAGGAUAAGGUGGAAGAGUACAAUGAGUGCUGGGAGAUGAUCGCCAAACACUUUCCUGAGCGUUCGGACGUGCAGUGCCAGCAGCGGUGGCACAAAGUCGUCAAUCCUGAUCUCGUCAAGGGCCCUUGGACGAAGGAGGAGGAUGAGACCGUGAUGGAGCUGGUGGAGAAGUACGGCCCUAAGAAGUGGACGUUGAUCGCCCGGCACCUCAAGGGUAGGAUAGGCAAGCAAUGUCGAGAGCGCUGGCACAACCAUCUCAACCCCAACAUCAAGAAGACUGCCUGGACCGAGGACGAGGACAGGGUCAUCUAUGAUGCACACAAGCGCUGGGGAAAUCAGUGGGCCAAGAUAGCCAAACUGCUGCCUGGCAGGACGGACAAUGCAAUCAAGAAUCACUGGAACUCGACAAUGCGGCGCAAGUACGACCCUGAGGACAAAACAGCCAGAGAGGAGAAGAAUAAAGUGAGCAAGGCGAGGGGGAGUAAAACACACCUGUUGACACAGGCAUUGGAGCGGGCAGAGUCUAACUAUGAGGCGUACAACGCGAUCAGACAUAUCCAGCCUGUCAAACAGGAAUGGUUCCCUCAGCAGUCUCAGGAACACUUCAUAUCGGCUUCUCAGCCAAUGACUGAGCUGUCUCCUCCCAGGCUGCAACUACAUCAAAGGGUACCAGAGUUUGAGUUGACUCUGGAUACACCUCCUAGACCUGCUACUGUGCCUUUGGACUCUCCUAGUCAGCGCACUUUCAACACUUACAGAGUCACUGGAAUGGGCCAUCACAACGCUAGUCCGCUGAAACUGACGUCUCCUGAUGAAGGCUUUGGGGAUCUAAAUGUGGUUGAUUACAAUAGCUUUACAUCUCCCCUUCGGUUAAGUCAUCCCAACUCUCCUUCUAUUAUAGGUUACUCAAAUGACUUCCAAAUAUCAUCCCUUGAGGCGGAUGUAGUUCCUUUAAACAGUGUUAAAACUGUGUCUCCCCCUUCCAUCCUGAGGAGGGGCCAUCGCACCAGACGACGAAGUAUUUCUGAGUGUACAGACCUCUCCCCGGAAUACAUACCUCUUGACACCUUCUCUAGUGAAGACACAGACAACUCGUUCAUGCGAGGAAGUCUUCGAACACCAGAGAAGAGUACUCCCAUCAAACAACUUCCCUUCAGUCCAUCACAGUUUCUGAACAGUCCAAACCUGUCGUUUGAUGCGACACUUGCAUCCACGCCACUCAAGCAAAGUCACGAUAUGAAAUCUGGGAGUCCAGGACUGCUGGUAACCCCCAACCCUCUACAGUUGAGGCCCCAGACUGAGGACACGGCUCCCCAGACCACACCCCCACGCUCCCGCCGACCCCCUGCCAACACCCCCAGAACUCCGACCCCGUUCAAGAACGCACUGGCAGAAAUAGAGAAGCGAAGUCGACGACAUUCCUACACGCCUCAAACACCGACAAGGCUAGUAGAGGAUAUACAAGAAAUCAUCAAAAAGGAACAAGACGAGUCAGAUUCGCAUUAUGAAAUGGACACGUCUAUUGCAAAUACCAGUGAACAAGACAGCGGGUACCUGACAGCCAAGAGGAAGCCAGCGCAGGCCUCACACUACGGCAAGGAAAACACUUUGCCCCACAAGAGGGUGAGGAAGGCUCUGGCACCGUCAUGGUCUACUCCGGGCAUGAUCAGUGUACCUGGCGUCACAGACCUGUCCUUCGCCGAGACACCGAGCAAGUGCCUGUCCGGAAGUGAAUCUUCUGUACUUUUCUCUCCGCCUUCAAUAGUUAGGGACAUGUUGAGUGAAACUGACGAUUCGUUCCUACACUCCACCCCUCACCUUAGGCUUUCACCUCCAAAGAUUUAUAAUGGAGCUCGCCAGUUCCUGCCAAACAUUCGGCCUGCAAACGUAUCCACUUCGAGGAGUCUGCCACCCAGCACCACCUCUCCAAGCUGGUUGUAAAGUGGGAGAUGGUGGCAUAUGGGAAGACCCGAGACCAGCUAGAACUGACUGAGCAAGCUCACCAGAUCCUCGGCCAGACCAAAUUCAAACCUCGUUCCCUAACACUUUAGCCUGCCGAUAGACUGAAUAUAUUAAAUACCUGCCCCUGUGAACACUAGAAUAGUAUCAAGGCCAUAUUUUUUGUACGAGAUACAUAGUGCUUAAUAUUAGUUCUAGUGACAUCACUUUUAUCAUAAAAUUACAAUGGUAAUUCUCAAAAAUGUUCUUUGUUAAAUAAGUAAAGAACAUUUUUGUAGGUUAUAUCAUAUGUUUAUACAUCAAUUUAGGAUUAAUACCUUAAUAACCACAUCACACUAAGCUUACUGAUAACCAAAGCUUAUAUUUUCACACCUUUUUAUUAUGUCUAUCAUUGCACUUUACACGCUCUGCAGUAAUUUUCAAGCUGCUUUUAUUUUGUUGUUUUUUUAUUUUGUUAGUUUUUAUUUUGUAAAAAUUUUAAUUUAUUUUUGUACAUAACUUUGUUAACCAGAAAGAUACUAGUUUUGAAUUUAAAUUCAAUUUACUACUUAAUGUGAACUGUGUACAACAUGGUUCUACUGUUCAUUCGACUUGAAUAAAACAGUACUAAUACUUAGUAAUAUGAUAUACAGACUAUAAAGUACAAAUUUACAUCGAAUCUCCGCAUAACCGGUGUAUGUUGAUAUUUGUUAGGUUUUGUGCUUUUUUUAUUUUGAUACCAGUGAUUUUAGACUUCCAUUUAAUCUUUUAUAUACCUUUUUUUAUAGAUAGCUAUAGUUUGUAUUAAUUGUAGUACAACUUUAGCCAUUUUAUUGUGUGUUAACCAUUAUAUUUAUUUCUUUUAAAUUUUCUAUAGAAAAACAAAUACAAUUAUUAAAAUUGGUUUUCUGAGCUUUAACUACAUUUUAAAACUCAAUUUGUUGAACCAAAGAAUUAUUAUUUACCUAAAUUAUUAUCUGCCAUCGAUAGUUUUGUCAAGAUAAUGGGUGAUCCACAAAACAUUAAAUGUUUGAAUAAUAACUUUUACAUAAUACUAUAAUAUGAUUUAUUUGAGAUAAAAUGAUUAUCCUUUAUUCCUUAUCAUCAUGGAAUAAUUUUGAGUAAUUAUUAACGAGAAUGAUUAUUAAAAAAUUUAUAUUAUUUUGAUCAACAAAUUGAUUAUAGUUAUUUAUUAUAAUGCAAAUGAUAGUUCAUAGCUCAUAGAGUUUGUAUACAUGGAUAUUUAUUGUAGUACAUAAAACUCUCCUAGGUCUGAUAAAGAACAAUCAGAAUACUCAAUUAUAUAAUUCAAUGUAUUUUAUGUUCCCAAAAGUUAAUAAAAAAAUUUUAACAUUUCUUUAAUAACAGUUCUUUUAAUAGUUGUCUUUUUUCAAAAUAAUUGUUCCACUGAUCACAAACAGAAUACUUAACCAUAAGACGUGUUACUAGCUUUAGUUAAAAAGUACUAUAAUUUAAAGACACAUGUUUUUUAAAAUUUAAAUUCAUUAAAAUUGUAAUUUGUGAUUCUUACUUAAUAUUUAUUCAUGAGUGUUGAUACAGUAUAUCUUUUACUUGAAAGACUUUUGACAAGUUUAGUGCAUUAUUGGAAUUACAGUAUAAAAUACUGUACGUAACCUACCUAUGGAUCUUCUAAAUGCGUACAUUCCGAUUUUUACUACAUUAACUAAAUAUAACUAAAAAAAGUGGAUUUUAUAAUUGGUACAAUAAAUAUUAUUUGCUCCAUGAUUAGAGUUUAAUACUUAACAAUCCUAAGUAAACUAAACAGUCCUCACCUUUAUAUUGUAUGAUUUAUGAGUAAUUCCCUCAUCGUAGUUUAUUGUGUACCUGAUUAGCGAUUCAAUAUAGACAAUAGAUUUUAUAAGUGAAUCACCAAUAAUGCAAUCCAAUUAUUAUUUUUAAUAAUUGUAUAUUAUCCUCAUUGAAUAAUAACUUAUCUCUAUUGUAGCUUAAUGUAUAAAAGUUCGCUUUUACAUUAAAUAUCCAGAUUUGUAUACUCUUUAUUUCAUAGUUUUGCUUGAAUUUUCACCUAUCAGUUGUGUUUAAAUUGAGUAGAGUUUAUUAGUAUUUUAUCAUUAGUAGAUUUAUUUAGAUCAUCUUUAGAAUGUGGAUUGGAUAAUAAUAAACAAAUAUUUUUUCAAAUACAGUUACAAAUGAAAACUAAUUUUUCAUAAAUUGAAAAUAACUACUUAGAUUUUUUAAAAUCUGUUAAUGUGCUGUAAUUUUCUGUUCUAAGUAAAAUUGUGAAGCAAUUUUAAAGCUCAUUAGUUUUUAUGCUCUUUAUGUUAAUAUAUGCUAUGUAUAAUAUGAAAACAUUCAUAAUAAGUUGUUGCUUAUUUCUCUUUGAAAUGUAAUUAAUCAUGUUUUGCCAGUAACCCACACCUCCCUCUCUCUUUAUAUCCUACUUUCACUUACAACAAAUACACAGAUUCCAUCAGCCUUUCUGACUCACUAACCUCAUGGCAACAUUUGAAAUACACUGAUUUAAGGGGAGUCUAACUCGAUAUUCUUUCAAAAAAUAUAAUUUUUACUUUUUUGUUGUUUAUUAUGCAUUGAAAUCGCCUCUUUUCAAUGGUAUAUUACUUUGUGUUUGAUCUCAAUUUCAAAUAUAUACAUUUUUUAUAAACUAUUUCAUAGUGUAUUUUUGGUUAUGGCACCUGGAGUAAAUAUAACCAAUCUUUAUUAGACAAAACAUAGCAUGACUAUAAAAAUCAUUUCAAAAUUUUAAAAGAGAUUAUGUCUAAAAUUAAGCCUAUAUUUCAGGACUUGACAAAGUAGCUUUUGGAAAAGUGUCUAAAAGGACAAAACACAGAAUCCAAAUAGUUGAUGAAUAAUGUUAUACAUCAUUACAUCAUGUGGUCUGUGGUCCCAAAAAGGGCCUUUGUGACAUUACCUACACUGAAUAAUGGUGUUUAUACUGCAGUUUGUGCAUUUAAUAAUGUUUAUAAACUCUAAUUCUGUGUUGGGAAAAAAUAUUUAAAAUAUUUUUUGGGCAAUUUAUUUACGUAAUAUAUAUUUUUUUGUUUAUAAAAAUGUCUGUUUAAUUUUAUUUAUCUUGUGUGUGUGUGUGUCUAAAUAAAAGUUCAUAGAAUGGACAGAAAAAAUUCAGAGUCCUAGCUUGACAAGUUAUAGAGAUAAACAGCAUAAAGUUAACAUUACAGAAGAUAGGGAAUCUGACUCCCCUUAGUCAGCCUUCCUUCUCCAGACUCAAGGCAACAGUAGAAAUACAAUUAUUUCUCCAGCCUCAAAGCAACAGUAGAAAUACACUGAUUUAACCAGCCUUCCUUCUCCAGCCUCAAAGCAACAGUAGAAAUACAAUGAUUUCUCCAGCCUUCCUUCACCGGCCUCCAAGCCACAUUAAAAUACGCUUGCUUCAUUAACUUUAACUCUAACCUUUCUUUCUCAUGGCGAAAUAUUGCUUGCCCAUGAUGACAGUCUGAAUAAGAAAAAAAAAGAAUAAAAAGGAUAACAAUAAUUUUGGGAAUACUGGUAAAACUAGUGGCUUCACAGUAUAGUUAGACUAAAUUCUGGGUUAAAAGUAGCUUUGGCUAGGAUCCUGCUGAGUUUGAGGAUUUUUAUCAGUACUGUCCACCUAAUACUCAGCUUUAGUAUUUAAAAUUCUGUGUUCAGAUCUCGUUUUUAAUAAAUGGGCGAGUAAAGAUAAAAAAAUAAAUUUUUGGCCAAACAAUUAAAUUUUAAGAAAAUAUCAAAUAGCCAUGCAAUGAAUUUAAAUCAGAAUCCCAUCAAACCAUGUAGUUUAUUGGUUUUAGUUAUAGAUUACUUACCAUAUUCACUAAAUAAAUUCAUGAGUGAACUCAAUAUAUUUUAUUGAAGAUUAUCAAAACAACAAUUUCUGUAGAAUUAAUUAAAGUUAUAUAUAGACCAUUAUCAAAUGUUUUCAAAUGUAUUAUGCACUCAGGAGAAAGUAUUAAAAUAACUUUAAAAAAUCAAUGAAACACUUAAUUAGUUUUGCAACUUGUUAUACCAUGUUUGUAUUGCAAAAUCUGUCAACAUGUUGUUACUAUAAGAAAAUUGUAUUUAUAGUGUAUUUAACCACAUUGUAAUACUUUAAAUGUUAUUUGUAGUAACAACAUUUCCAUUGAGAUAAUACUGCUAAUGAACACAACAUUACUUUGUACUUUAAUCAAUAUUUUAAAUACAAUUUAGAGUUUUAAAAUACAAUAGUCAUAGCUUCAACUUGUAAAAUUUUUUAACUGAAUAUUACGUUUUAUCCCCUACAUAAUUAUUCAUGACUAGAUCAAAUUAGUAUAUGGCCAGUUAUUUACUUUAGUUUUUCAACCAUACAUGUUGCUUACAUGAUUGUUAAAUUUGCCCUUACAUAAGAGUUUUAUAACAAAUUUCUUAAAUAUAGUACUUUUUCUUUUUAAUUGACAAAUUCUUGUUUUUCUCUACACAUUUAUAUUGUAUUUGUUUUGAGCCACAAAGAUUUAUUUUAUACAAAUAGUUUAUAAAAUAGCUUUAGUUCAUAACAAAGAAGCCUACCAUGACAAUUUAAAUUUAAUGUUUAUACAUAAAUUGCUAUAUCAAGUAAUAUACUAUGUAAUGUACGUGUUCAAUUAAAAUAUUGUAUUUUGUGAAAAUCAUAUUGUUAUACUGUCUCUUUGAACAAAAUUGAGCUUUAGGCUAGCUUACUUAAGUAGAAAAAUUAAUAUAUUGUUUUUAGUUGUUGUUGUUAUCUUUAAGAACUGUAACAUUAUAUUAGUUGUACAGCAUUUAUGUUCUUAUAUGAAAUAAAAAAAGUGUAAGAAGAA